UUUAAACACCAAUCUUAUCGACAAAAAUUACGCAUUUCGUUUAAAAACAUUGAACAACAUGAAGCUUCUGUGUGCAUUAUUUUCAUUCGUUUUGUUGGUUAAGUCCCAAAGUUUUUUUAGUUGUUUCCAAUGCCAAGGAGGUUUUACGACACUAUGCGCGAACACUUUACCACAAGGUUUCAAUGGUGCCAACUGUACAGGACCUGGAGCUCAAUGCUACGAAAGCGUGGUGUUCUACCAGAGUGGUGCUCAAAAAUUGGUGCAAAGAGGAUGUUGGAACCCCUCUCAAGGUGAUGAUGCGAGUUAUUGCAAGAACUUUAUGAGCCCUGUAGGGGUUUUGGAGUACUGUAGGACCUGCACUUCAGAUGAUUGCAAUAAUUGGUUUUAUAAUCCCAAGAGGACUGGUACCGCGGAUCUUUUGGUUCCCCAAUGAUGAAAACGUUUAAUAAUUAUUAUUAUAAUACUUAAGUUUAUGAUUAUUAUUAGAACCACCCUGUGAAUAUAGACUUAAGUGUUAUACUAUGAAAAUUAUAAACGCUCGUAAAAAACUAUAUUUUAAAUUAUAUUUUUACCGUUCAUUAGUAGUGAUAACGAGAAAAAUUAAAUAUAAAUCGGUAAAAUUCCAUAUUAUCCACCAAACUAAACAAAAAUGUUACACCAAACGCUUGUUUUAUUUUUCUUUUUCACGACUAGUCUUCAAGUUAAGCCUCCCUUCCUUUGUUAUCAAUGCGAAGGUGCAUAUGAUGAUUACUGUGCUGAUUUUUAUUACCAUUCUGUAGACCUUUAUGGUAAAUAUGAAAAUUGUAGUGGGGAAGAUGCACAAUGUUUUGAAUCUGUGAUAGAUUAUCUAAAUUUAGGUACUCGGUAUGUACAAAGAGGUUGUUAUGUUCCUCCCCCAGAAGGUCCUAAAGAUUAUUGCGAAACUGAGCAGGACAGAGGUGAAAGGUUGAGCUGUUCUAUUUGUGGACAUUUCGAAUGUAAUGGACACAUGAUUAAUAGAGAAAAUGAAGAUGGGAAAAAUUUAGGUACUCGGUAUGUACAAAGAGGUUGUUAUGUUCCUCCCCCAGAAGGUCCUAAAGAUUACUGCGAAACUGAGCAGAGCAGAGGUGAAAGGUUGAGCUGUUCCAUUUGUGGACAUUUCGAAUGUAAUGGACACAUGAUUAAUAGAGAAAAUGAAGAUGGAAAAAGUAAUUACUUUUUAUAAUAAUAGAAAAAAAUACAUAUAUUUCUUAACCAUUUAUUAAUUUUUUAAAAAUACAUGAAUAUAACAUUGUAGCUGCUACAUAUAUAUAUAUACAUUAAAAUUAAAGGUACACUUAUUAAAACUAAAUAUACUUGAUUAAUACAUUGAAAAAACAAUAACAAUCCAUGCUGUAUUUUAUUAUAUAAGAACCUAACAUUUCUAUACAAAAUUCUUUACAUAUUUAUUUAUUUUAUGUACAAAAAGUCGUGAAUGAUUAUUAAAAAAAAACAAGGCGUUUCGCAAAGCAGAAACACUCACAAAAAUAUUUGGGCCAUUCACAAAAAAAUGUUUUUUAUUUAUUAGUUUUCGAGCUUCAUUCAGCGUUCAGAAAUCUGAUUGGUCUGGAC